AUGGGAUGUGGGGAGAAGGGGGGCGGCGCGCGGCGUUCUGUAGGACAAUCAUCAUCCCAUCACAUCAUCCGUCCAGUCCACUGCCAGCACAACCGCCAUACUUUCUCACGGACCCGGGAUAUCGGCGAGCCAGGCCUGGUCUUUUUUGCCCCUGAACUCCUUUCCCCAUCCAUCAGCGCUUGGAUGGAAGUACGGAGUAUGUACGGACUCGCGGAGAGCCAGAGACACGGGCGCUCUGCCGGCGCUCUUUUAUCCGCCUGGCCCUUUUUCCGGGGAGAACGGCACGAUAAUAAGUCGGCGCGGUGGCUGCUGGAAUUGUCGGGCGAUGCCGGGGGGGGGCAAAAGACAGGAGGCGAUGGACGGCGGCGACCACAGAAAACGAUGGAAAUUCGAGAACGUUAG